AUGAGCCCGAGAGAAAAAAAGGUCCGGUUUACCGGGAGAACUUCAUCACAACUGGAAGACGAAGACGAUGAUGAUGACGAUGCUCUUUUGGUUAAUAGUAGAACAUCAAACUUUUCCGGCUAUUUAAAAAAGCACCUCUUAUAUCUGUUCUUGUUUCCCAUUUUUAUUUCAUUGCCAUAUCUGGCGUACAAAUACAUAUUUGAGGGAGGAGGGGAAGGCCCCACAUGGUACUUUUUAUCGCUUUACGACUGGACCAUCUUAAUUGCAAGUAAUGUUUUGGUGUUGCUCUUGAUCUCUUUUUGUGUACGAAUACUGCAGGAUAUCAGUGUUCAAGUGACACCAAGGAGACAUUUCUAUGUUGUUCGCGUAUUGAGAAGAUCUAGAACCAAAAUAAUUAUGAGCUUCUAUUUUAUUGCUGCCCUUAUUCUUUUGGACAUUUAUACUCCGCAACAAUGCAGAGAUACCAUCAGUGAAAAUUCUUAUACUAAAGCUUCCAAUAGAAAUGCCAUAACCGACCCCAUUCUCUCCUCUUUUAUGGAACAAUUCAAACUUUCUUCCUUUUCUUUCAAAGAUCCCCAUUUUUUGAAUGCAUACGCAGAAGAAGAAGGCGGAAAAGACGAUCAGAAUGGAGGCGGAAAAGGCGACGGAAGUGGCGGAGAAAAAGAUUCCUCUUGUGUUUAUGCCUUUUCUAUUGCAAAAAAGGCCAUCAAAUGUGCGUUGGUAACGCUUAUUGGAGUCACAGUAUCAAAGAUUCUGGUAAUGCUGGCAUCCAUCCUUUAUCAGGACCAGGUAUAUCGAGAUAGAAUUUUACUCAAUCGGUACCAUCUCUUUGUGACACAUCUCCUAUUUUCGGUGUGCAGAUUUGAGGGUGCCAAAAAGGGGCUGCUCUAUACGCCAGCCAAUAUGCAGCCAAAAAGACCUCGCUCGGCCAUCUAUUCUUCCAUGAACUCUUUCAAUGAAGAAUCAGAUGCGGAGGAUGGCGAAAAUGAAGAAGAAGAGCUUUGCAAUCUGACCCAAGAUGAUCUUGAUGACGAUGUCGAUGAAGAGUACUAUUCUUUGAACAGGGACGACGAUGAAGAUAACUUGCUCCCUCUAAAUGCAUCGUCCUCUCAUCACCAGCAGACACGGCCCAUGACGACUCCUGUAAUCCAGGCAGAAGGACUUGUCCGGGCCCUCAGGAAUCUUUUUGGCGUCACCAGCAGCUCAAUUGAGGGAACAAACUUUGCCUCAAACGCUUCAGACUUGCGCCUAUUGACAGAAAAAGACUGGGUCAACUUUUCCACCUUCAAAAAGAACGUCGGAAUCUUUGGACCUGAUUUUUCCCUCAUGAUAGCAAAGGAGACAUCUUCAUCCGAUGUGGGGCUUCCAAUUCCAGAAUGUAAAAAGCGAGGGGCGUUCAUCUUUGACGUCUUGACAUGUGGAAAGAACCCCUCCAUUGACCUAAAUUGUGAUAAUGCUGCCCACAAGCCUGAAGGAGAGUCUUUUCUUCCUUCUGGGUAUUACAGCAAGGACCUGCUUGUGCCCCCUCUUCACCAGGGUGACUUUUUCCGUCUUUUUGCGUCCAAGGAGGCCGCUUCGGAGAUCUAUUCUGUGUUUGAUUUGAACCUCGAUGGAAAUGUAACGCGUUCGGAGCUCAAGCAAGUCUUUGUGCAGGUUCAUAAGGAUUAUCGCAAUUUGGUACGCUCGGUUUCUUCCUCUGCAGAAGCUUUGAGAGCCCUGGAUAUGGUACUAAACAUUUCCACUUCUCUAAUCCUUCUUUUAAUCUACGGGGUAAUCUGGGGUGCCAAUGUCUCUUCUAUUUUGACCCUUACACUUUCCUUCAUCUUGGCCUUAAAUGUGGUCAUUGGCGAUUGGGCAAAAAGCGCCUUUGACUCGUUGAUGUUCCUUUUUGUGUGCCAUCCCUUUGAUAUUGGCGACGAGGUUACCGUUGAGGGCGAUCCAAAGCGCUAUGUGAUUUCCCGCGUGGAUGUUUUGAAAACUGCCAUGCGAGACUCCACAGGAGUCGAGAUAUACAUGCCCAACCCGGUGCUUCUUCGCAAGAACAUCACCAAUUGGAAACGCUCUAACGAGCAAUGGGAGCAGGUGAAUCUGUAUCUAGGCUGCGACACAACGGAAGAGCAAAUUUACGCCUUUCGUGCUCGGCUAACCGAAUUUCUGAAGACACAAGGAAGGCAUCUGUUUCAUGGCAGCUUUGAGCCAGACUUUACCCCAAUUAUUGGGGAAAAUCUGGAUAUUCUUACGUUGAAAUUUAGGAUUCCCUGUAAGCUGACGCUUGACACGCGUCGCCAAGUGGAGAGACAUCGCCUGCUGCAGAAUUACAUCCGAUGUGAUUUGGAAACUUUGGGAAUCACCUAUUAUCCAAGAGGACCCUCUUCAAAUCCGUUGACUUUUUCCAAGGAGCGCUCGUCGUUUUUGAAAGCAUUUUCCAAGGCCGUCCGAAAGGAUCCCCUUCUUGCCGAAGACGCCGCAGGGAUUGCCUUUACCAUGAACAUGUUCCAACCGACACCAGGGAAGGCGUAA